UUAAAUAGUUUUAGUUCAAGCUGAGAUUGUUCCUUUUGUUACCGUGUUUUUCUCGCUUUAUGCGCAGUAUCAUCGAUUUGACAGAGAAGAUUGGGCCGCUUGAACUGCCAACGAAUCAAACGGGCUCAAUAGAAGUCGCCGAUCUAUCCUUAACAGGAGAAAUGGGUUUGUGGGGAAAAGGCUUGUUACUGAGAGAUAAUUAUUCGGCAAGAACGAUAUGCGCUUCGAUCACGGUACUUGAGAAAAACGUUGAGAAGUUUGCCCAGGCGCGUUUUCUCGGUCCUGUGGGUGGAACAGUUCUGUUUCGAUGGCUGGGCGGCCAGGCGAGCGAUGAGCCUACCGACAUGAUCAUACAUGCGAAUUUACAUCACGUUCACAAACAAAAAUUACAAUCAAUAAGUUAUACUGAACAUCAUUGGAAAAUAUACGUUACCGAUAUCUUCGAAACCAGCAAAGGUAAACAUCCGUAAUGGCAAAUUUUACGUUUUCAACUGAUAAUCCUUUUAUUUGCA